AUGUCAUCACGAUACUCUACCCCCGACUACACCCUGGACUAUGAUGUGCGCUCUGAGCCUUCGGUCGAAUAUAACUAUGUUCAGAACGGUAUUAGAUACUACCCGGACCGUGAUAUGUGGAGCCCCGUGUGGGAGCCAGAGCCUUCUCAAACAACUAGACCCUCUCCUAAUGACAUGGUCGUGGAUGAGCCGGUCGUCGAAGACGUUAAACCGAACAUCUCCGUGGCUGGUGGUUCGGAUGGUCAAUCGGUCGCUAAUCCUGCGCAGGCUACUGAUGCCCACCAAGCUACCAAUACUGGUAUCAUGCCCAAGAUCAUGAUACCGAAAGGGUUGGAGAUCGUUGAGACUCCCAAGUAUUACUUCCCGCUUAAGGCAAAAUGGCACUCUGUUUACGACCCACAAGGUCGAUACGAUCUCUCUUCGAUCCCGACGGCAGUCCCCCGGAUGAAUAUCCAUAACGAUCCGCACCCGUUUGUGUGUGUUGCGUGGAACGUACAUGAUCCGGAGCUUCCCCCCGGACUCCCGGUCCCUUUUUUAAAGACCACGGCCCCAAUCGACUUAUUUUCGGCUUCUAGUUCUCCGGCUCCGUCUUCGCAAUCUAGCUCAGCGCCUUCAACCUUGUCCGACGCUUCGUCCACUGCUUCAUCGGCCUAUCCCCCAAUCUCCGCUUAUAUCGGCUUGAACCAUCAAGGGGUUCAACGACUCCUCCUUGACGACAACAACCCGCCAUCCGCCGUGUGUAUUUAUACCGAAAAAGAUGUUAUGCGCAUCUUUGAAGGUAUCGCUCCCGAUUAUGUUCAUAUGUGCUCGGAGUAUCCGCCAUCCUCUUUAGCCGAAUCCGAUCGCCGAGUAAUGUUUUUUGAGAACAUGCAGUGGCAUUUCCGAAACAAAAGGUCUACUUAUUUGAGCACCAGGAACUUCUAA